CCAGCAGUCAUAUGACAGGAAGUCACAAGAUCUUCGGUUGUAUCAGAGAUACGUUUCUGUCAGAAGAUCAAGUCUAUUCUUCUGUCAUCUUUUCGUUUUUCACAUUGUAAGUUGGAUCAUGGCUAGCCAAACUCAAGGUAUUCAACAGCUGUUAGCUGCUGAAAAAAAAGCUGCAGACAAAGUGGCUGAAGCCAGAAAAAGGAAAGCACGUAGACUGAAGCAAGCAAAAGAGGAAGCCCAAUCUGAAAUUGAAGCAUACCGUUUAGAGAGAGAAAAGCAAUUCAAAGAAUUUGAAUCCAAGCAUUUGGGAUCUCGAGAUGACGUUGCAGCAAAGAUUGAUAAAGAUAUGAAGAUGAAAUUAGAUGUCAUCAAUCGAUGCAUGGCUUCUAAUAAAGAACUUGUAAUUCAGCAGAUCAUGAGCUAUGUCUAUGAGAUUAAGCCAGCCAUUCACAAGAACAUCCGUCUAGACUAAGCACACAUUCCACAUUAACUGAAGGGGAAAUUCUGUAUUAGUUAAUUGUGCUACACCUUUAGCAUGUUUGUUUGGUGAGUGUUUAUAUUACUAUAAAAAAUUUGUUUUUGACAUAAAUGUCCAAAUCAUUUCGAGUAUCAAUAAAAAGAAAUCUAGUAGUCAA